AUGCCUCAGUCACUUGGAUCAUCGAAGAUGUUCCACACUUUUCAAGGACUUGCGCCGCCUCGGCCUCUCUCUGAAAACGCCCAAGAAGCUCCCAAGCCUACCACGAACGGCAAUGUAAACGGCGGAAGAUCCGCUGCGAUGGACGACAGCCCUGUGGACAAUGCCUGGGGUGCAGGUCUCCGAAGCCAUGUUACUAUGACAAGCAUCGCCAACGGGUCAUUCCUUCUAGGAAGUGUGCAACUCCAAACUCUCGAUGCGCUCUCCCAAUCUCUAGAAGAAUGCCGAACCGUCCUCCAACGAUUAUAUCCUACCCGAGAUGCACAAUCGCUGCUGCCCCUCUCACGGCAAGAACUCAUCUCUCUGCUUGAUCGCACUGGUCCCCAAAGUGCGCCCUCACAGCGAUCGCCAACUGGCUCGAAUACGUCGCCUGUCUCACAAGGCGAAUUCCAGUCCCCGAUCGCCUCAACAUCGGACGACGACCGAAGCCUCGCACACCUCGAACAAAUACCGAGCCAAGAUACAGAAUGGGACGAGGAACGACGGAAUCGGGAUCCUAUACCAGCUGAGGCGGACGACGUGAAUGCUUUGUCGUUUUCGGUGGAUAGACAAACUUCUUAUCUGGGCGUAACCUCAAUCAAAGCUGCGUUCCUGGUGAUGCUCAAGGUUGCACCAGCCCUUCGAUCAUUCCUUGGACCUCCAAGCAAUGGCCACAACAAACAACUGAGUGUCAGCAAUCAUCCUACACCGCGACCAGGAAGUUCUGUCAGGCCGACCUUGUCCCCAAUUGCAUGGUCUUCCGAGGGCCAGACUCUCAUCGAUGCGUACUUCAAUCGGGUCCAAAUAUUUGUGCCGCUCCUCGAUGAGCCAGCUUUCAGAGCGGAUUACCUUAGCGGGCGGCGAAAUGACCCCCCGUGGCUAGCAUUACUCAAUAUGGUCUUCUCAAUGGGCAGCAUAGUUGCCAACAAGUCGGAUGAUCACAGCCAUGUCACGUUCUACAACAAUGCUAAAGAUCACCUUGGGAUUGACACUUUUGGCAGUGGGCAAUUGGAGACCUUGCAAGCAUUUAUACUGAUGGGAGGCUACUAUCUUCACUAUAUCAACAGACCAAACAUGGCAAAUGCUAUACUUGGUGCAGCUCUCAGAAUGGCCUGCGCCAUGGGUCUACAUAGAGAAAGUCCUCCCGAGCCCGGCAAUGCGAACACUGCCAUAAUUGAACAAAGACGAAGGACUUGGUGGAGCUUAUUCUGCCUUGACACCUGGGCAUCUACUACUUUGGGACGACCUUCAAUGGGAAGAUGGGGACCUGGCAUCUCCAUCCAUGCUCCAGAAGGAACCCGUAAUCCAAAUGUCAUUGGCCAGCACAUAGGAAUCAUCCCCCUUACUGAGAACAUCAAAUUCUGCAAAAUAGCUACGCAAAUUCAAGACGUGCUCGCUCAAACUCCACUCAUGCGAUCUGAAGAUCGUGAACAUUUCGACCGGCAACUGGUAGAAUGGCACGACAAUCUCCCAUGGCUCCUCCGGUCCACAGAGCCGUGCCCGGAAUCGAUCUACACCUCACGUUCAGUCAUGAAAUGGCGGUACCAAAACCUUCGCAUAGUGCUCUACAGGCCCGUUCUACUCAACCUUGCGAAUCGCGGAAAUGAAGGUUCAGCCAGCCAGGAGGAGCUAGAAUCCGUGGCAAAAUGCCGGGCCAUCGCCAAGGAGACGAUCGAGGACAUCGCGCGUGAAUGGACGCCCAAUCAGAUGCUCGGCUGGAAUGGCGUCUGGUUCAUGUACCAGGCUGUCAUGAUCCCCCUCGUGACCAUAUUCUGGGAAUCCUGGAAUACGCAGCAGGUACGCGAGUGCCAGGCCCAGAUCGAGGUUGUGCUCGAGGCGUUCGAGGGCCUGGCUGAUUGGUCUCUUGCUGCGCGACGGAGUCGCGAGGUUGUGGCCAAGAUGUACGAGGCCAGCAAGCGGCCGUCGACAAGGCAGCCGAGUCCGCGGUUGGGACCUGCAGUGGUCAACGGUGUGAACGGUCACGUUAACGGCAUGAGUCUCACGAACGGAGUCCAUGGAGUAAACAGCGUGAACGGGAUGCACAUGAUGAACGGGCCCAAUGGAAUGAACGGCGUGAAUGGACACAUAGUGGAGAACAUGCACGCGCACCAAGGGGGUAUGAUUGCCGAGGACGCGAUGAUGCUCUUGGACCAGGGGAGCAUCUGGGAUCUCGACGGAAUGCUGUGGAGCAAUCUGCCAGACGGGCUCGACAUGCCUUAUGACGGCCUGCCCAGCAUGGAAUUCGACGACAGUGGCGGCAUCGCCAACUUCGACGGCAGCUACAUGACACCUCAAUGA